AGCAAUUCCAAUCAGAUGCAGUUAUUAAAUAGCUAGUGGAUGGCGCCAUCAACUUCUAUGGGUUUCAUUUGAAGUACUGAUGGUGAAUCAGUCAUGCAGGUGGAGAAUAAUUGCAGCAGCCAUAAUGAUCAUCAUGAUCACCAUCACCUUCCAUGCAUGUUGUUGGGGUGUAGUCAUGCCUUUCAUCACCUUCAUUGUCUUCAUGUGCACACUUCUUGCACUACAAAGCAACCACCUUGGGAGCAAGUAAUAUUUUCUCUCUAAUGCUCUUCAAGCAAAAGGAAGGAGAAGACAGUGAGAAUUGAAAUCCAACUGGCAUAUCUGUGGUUUGUAUUCAGUUUGAGUGGAAGGGAGAGGAAUGAGAUUGCUGUGUAUUGAGGAUGGUCAGGAUAGGAGAACGUGGUGAAUUUGUAUUGGAACAAGUGAGUCACAUGGUUGGUGUAAAAUGAUCAGAGGCUGUUGAAUGACACAAUGCAGAUGGCUUGUGGUGGCCUGCUGUCCAGCCACAUAGCAUCUAGGAUGACAGUUCAGCAAAUAGGCUCAAAUGGUUGUCUUUUUAUUUGGCUGGCUCAAAUGAUGCAUUUGUUCUGGACAUUUUGUGCUGGAUGACAGAAAGUGGUCGCUGCAAGCACAUUAACUGCAUGCCAUCUGAAGGACACAAGGACAGCAUAAGUAUAAGUAUAAUGACCUUCUGAUAUAUUGAAAUUAUUACAAACUAUGAAACAGUAUCUAUAUAAAACCUCAUUAUUUGGGUUUCAACACCUUCAAGACUUAACAUACUUGACAAGACUACUUGAUUAUUAGUCAUGCAGCUGGAGGAUAAUCAUAGCCACCAUCAUCAUUGUUGCCGUCAUCACCAUCAGUCUUCUAUGCAUGCUGCUGGGGCAUAAUCAUAUCCAUCAUCACCAUCAUCACCAUCAUCUUCUCCAUGCACGUCCUUCUUGCACCACUGAGAAACAACCUUGGAAAUGGGAGACAUUGCCUUUCUACUUCUUUAAAAGCAAAAGGAAGAACAGUUAAGAGGAAAGUACAAGGACCUUGUGUAGUAUGGUGGACUAAGGAACAGGACAACAAGAACUUGACAAAAAGAAAAACUUCUAAUCAAAUGGUAAUGGCAACAUCAAGGUAAAACCAGUCUAUGCAUUCCUGGACUUUUUCUGCUGGGAUUGGAUGUCAGGAAAAUGACCGCUGCAAGCACAUUAGCUGCACAUGAUUUGAAGGUGGAGUGCUAAAAUAAUCACCUGGAUGAAUCCUAUUUCUUCGUUUGUUAAUAAUUUUACCACCAUAUAUAGUCAAGCUAUUAAGGAGAAGAGUCAAUAUUGGCCUAUUUGCUCUUCUUUUGGCUGGGGAGCAGCAUUAUUUUGAUGGUUAAAAUCAACAUGGGGUGGAAGUAGGGUUUGGCAUUAAGGUGGAUCAGGAAUCAGGACGUUGAGUGGAAGAUCGUUUAUAUGGGAUUAAGACUCCAACUUGUAAAAGUUUACCAAUUAAGGACCUAAACAUUUGUUGUUUUUAAUCUAGGAUCUCAACUUUUUAGUUUUUCUAUUUGGCCAAGCCUCUAUUUGCAAUCUAC